AGCAGGAAACACAUUUCCCAUAAUGCUGCUGCUGCACCAGCACGGAAGUAAGACGUUUAUUGACAAUAUGGCUGCUGAAGUAGAUCGGGAUUUGGAGAAAAUUUUGAUUUGACAGCACCUACCGGGGCUGUGAUAAUAACUCAUUUCCACCUCAGAGUUGUCCAGAAUAGAUGUAUUUGAAUGAAGGGAGCCGCGAAUUCACGGGAUGCUGUCAGUGAGUUGAGGAAACGUCCAGAGUGUCAGACCCGUCAUGUCGUUUUUCAAGUGGAAAGCCAAAAGCAAAGAACCUGAGAGGGUGACAGAUGCUAAAGUCAAUAGAGCUCCAGUCAGCCCUCAGUCUCUAUCACCAGGAGUGAGGAACCACCAUGCACUCCUGGAAGCUGCAGGGCCCAGCCAUGUGGCCAUCAGCGCCAUCUCUGCCAACAUGGACUCCUUUGCCCGUGGUCGCACGGCCAUCCUCAAGAAGCAGCCGAGCCACAUGGAGGCUGCGCACUUUGGCGAUCUUGGUCAUUCCAGUGUGAACUAUCAGCCCCAGGAGACCCGCUCUCGGCUGUCCAAGACAGUGGACCAGGUACUUCAGGACAAUGUGGCACUGCCCCACUUCAUGCGUUUCAUGGAGCUCCGGGGCUCUGACCACCUGGUUCACUUCUUGUUGGAGGCUGACAGUUUCCGCUCCACCAGCUGGUCGCGAGUCAGAGCGCACAGCCUAAACUCUGUCAAACACAGCUCAUUGGCCGAGCCUGUCCCUGCCUCUCCAGAUGGCCCAGAGCUCCAGGAGACAGUCUCACACACACCCAGUGCUGUCACCCGGAACAGUAGUAGUGAAGUCCCUACAGAUUCCUCCAGCAUGGAAACACGUCUGAGCCUCGGCACCCCUCGAGCAGAGACACCCAGCCGACAGGCACCCUCCUCCAGGACAGGGACUCCCAGCAAAGUGCAGUCAAACAGCACCCUGCGAGACCUCUCGGAGACACUCAUUAAAAGUAUAGAGAAAGAUGCUGUUACCAUCUUCACCAAGUACAUCUCUCCAGAUGCUGUAAGGCCCAUCCCCAUCACAGAACAGAUCAGAAACGACAUCGUUGCUAAAAUAUGUGGGGAGGAUGGCAUGGUCGACCCAAACUGCUUUCUCAAUGCACAGUCAGUAGUCUUCACCAUCUUGGAGCAACAGCACUUUAGUGAAUUCCUGCGGAGCCAUCAUUUCUGUAAAUACCAGAUUGAAGUGUUGACUAGUGGCUCCGUGUUCCUGGCUGACAUCUUAUUCUGCGAGUCAGCUCUCUUCUACUUCUCUGAAUACAUGGAAAAGGAGGAGGCGAUGAAUAUACUGCAGUUCUGGAUGGCGGCAGACAACUUCCAGAACCAGCUGGCAGCUAAAAAGGGCCAGUAUGAUGGCCAGGAGGCUCAAAAUGAUGCCAUGAUCCUCUACGACAAGUAUUUCUCACUCCAGGCUACCAACCCUCUGGGCUUUGGCGACUUUGUGCGGAUGGAGAUAGAGUCAAAUAUCUGCCGAGAGGGAGGGCCCCUCCCUGAUUGUUUCACCACUCCAGUCAGACAGGCCUGGACAACCAUGGAGAAGGUCUACAUGCCAGGCUUCCUGUCUAGCAACCUUUACUACAAAUACCUGAGUGACCUCAUCAACUCAGUGCGGGCGGAUGAGUUUGUGAAUGUCAGCACUCCAGGGCAGAGUGGGCCCACAGACAACGACCGCUCAAGUUCGAAUGCCGGCGAGGGCUCCCAGACUCAGCAAGCUGCCAAAAAGGCCGCGAUCAAGAUACUUAAAAACUUUGAUGAGGCGAUCACGGUGGAUGCUGCCAGUUUGGACCCUGAAUCCCUGUACCAGAGGCCGUACGCUGGGAAGAUGACGUUCGGGAAGGUGAACGAGCUGGGCCAAUUUAUCAGGGAGGCAGAGCCGGAGCCGGAUGUGAAAAAAUCCAAAGGCUCCAUGUUUUCUCAAGCCAUGAAGAAAUGGGUCCAGGGCAACUCAGAUGAGGCCCAGGAAGAGAUGGCAUGGAAGAUCGCCAAGAUGAUUGUUAAUGACGUCGUCUACCAGUCAAAUACCAACAGCCCCAUCAAGGCCACCAAGCUAUGACUCCAACAGUCCGACACUCCCUGCAGUUUCCAGCCAAGCCAGUGACAAACUGUAUACAAGGUUCACCCUGCAACAAACUGCUUUACUCUGAGAACUAGGAAAGCAUUUGAUCACUUCCUCAACCACCUUGUGUGUGGCUAUGAACUUGGGUGAGCCAGGCAUGGCCUAAUGGAAAACAUCAUUGCUCCAAUCUUCCAACUUCAUAACACUAUAAAAGGUACAUGUGUAGUCACCAAAAGUGAAGCAACGUGAGGUGCUUGCAUUAGACUGGAGGAAGGAAGCCUUGAUCAUGAUGCUCAGAGAACAUUGGCACAGAGAAGCAGCCUCAGACUGCUGGUGCGUUGCAGUUUGGAAAACAUUUUAUCUUGAACCUAUAGAGGACAUGACAAAGACUGAAUGACCCUCACUCCCUCAUGACAUGCCUCCCACACCUUUUAUAACCAUUCCUUGUUUUUAGAUGAAGAAGUCAGCUACUUAAGCAGAUGAAACUUUGGUUUGGAGUGUUUUGCAGUUUUAACAUAGGCUUCCCUCAGCCUCCCUGGAGUAGUUGUGUCUACUGUGCACUCGUGUAAGCUGUCCUACCUUGGCUGUUUACAUACUGUAGAACAUUUGGGAAGGUGACAGUGUAACAGAACCGGACCUAAUUCAGUUCUCGGACUGGCUGACCUCCUGUGUAGACCUGUCACCUUCAUGGAGUGCAGAAGAAAUGCUCUCUAAUGAACUAAGUGCUCUGGUUGUGUUGAAAACUCCAUGUCAUAAAUAUAGAUAGAUUGGUUUCUGGUUUAUCCCAUAUAUUAAAGGUAGUCUUUUUUUUAUGGUGGUCACUUUUUUUUUUUAAUUACACAUCACUGAAACAAAUGUCAGUGAUAACUGGACUGUUCAACUGGAAAGUGUGCUCAGUGAAUUAAACAUUUUAAAUCUUUUUUUUUUUUGAGCCUUACCAAAUUGUAAAAAAGAACCAGAAAAGACUCUUGGUACUAUGUACCAGUAAUGUUUUCUGAUAUCUAUGUGU